AUGAAAGAUCAUAGGAAACACGGUGGCAGCGUUUCAUGGAGCACGUUCUUUUGGUUCACCCUCGUCGUUGUUUUAUCUUCCGUUAUUGUUACGUCCCUGGUUAUAUCCUCGUUCCAUCUCUUCGACGUCCCCCAUUUUCACUUCCCAAAAUCAGUUUUGAAAUGGCAAACUCGAGCGCCAGCCCAAGUCACAAUUCGAGAAUCAGUUAUGCUUCCGGACCAGGUUUUGAUUUUCUUAAACUACCCGUCAUCUUUUCCCUAUCAUACCAAAAAUGACCUUCAAUGUGUUUACUUCUCGGCUUACUUGGAGCCUCGGCCCCCUCAACAACCAAUUCAAAUUCACUCAGUUAGGCUCCAUGAACAAAUUGUCCGUUGUCCACUCCCUCCACGUGGCGAGACUGUGUCACUCAGGAUAAAUUCCAACGAUCCCCUUCAAAUAAAAAACUCGUCAAUGCACAAUUGGGACCCACUAAUUUACGAAGCCCUCUUUGAUCGCGACAACACCACCAUUGUAUUUGUUAAAGGCCUAAAUCUUCGACCUGAGAAACUUGGAGAAUCGUCUAGAUUUCAAUGUGUAUACGGUUGGGAUUUCACAAGGACCAAGUUCUUCUUCAAAUCUGAUGUUCUAUCAGUUGCUCAAGAGAUAAUAAGAUGUAAAACACCUACUAGUAUUUUAGCCCAAGCCCAGGCCCAUACCCAAGCCUAUCUCAAGGUCUCUAUUCAAGUUGAAGGUAAGAAAAUAUUUCCCUCCAUAGCAAGGCCCGGGUUUCUCUCAACGCAAAAACAACCAAAGCCAAAAUUACACGAGUUGUGCUUAUGCACAAUGCUCCGAAACCAAGCACGGUUCAUUAGAGAAUGGGUCAUGUACCACGCAAGAAUCGGAGUGGAACGUUGGUUCAUUUAUGACAACAACAGCGACGACGACAUAGAAAAUGUGAUUACAUUCUUGCAAAAUGCAGGGUACAACAUCACGUGGCACCUAUGGGCCUGGGUAAAAACCCAAGAGGCGGGGUUCGCUCAUUGUGCGGUACGAGCCCGAGCCUCAUGCGAGUGGGUUGCGUUUAUUGACGUGGAUGAAUUCUACAAUAUAAAGAUAAAAGGAGGAUUGAAACAUGUGAUUCAGCACUAUUCGCGGCCCGAAAACAAUGUGGCUGAAAUAAGAACACCGUGUUACAGUUUUGGGCCUUCGGGCCUAAAGGAAGUACCACGCGAAGGAGUGAUGAUGGGGUACACGUGUCGAUUAGCGGCACGUGAGAGACAUAAGAGUAUUGUGAGACCUGAUGCACUAAAUCAAACACUGAUUAAUGUGGUACACCAUUUUCAUCUAAGAACACCAUUUGUGGCUACCGAUGUGGAAAAAAGAGUGAUGGUCAUUAACCAUUAUAAAUAUCAAGUAUGGAAAGUGUUCAAACAAAAGUUUUAUAGGAGGGUUGCAACUUAUGUGGCAGACUGGAAAUUACAACAGAAUGUGGGAUCUAAAGAUAGGGUGCCCGGUUUAGGGACCAAACCGGUCGAACCAGCUGAUUGGUCAAGCCGGUUUUGUGAAGUUAAAGAUAUGGGGUUGAGAAAUUGGGUUAUGAGGAAUUUUAUGGAUCGGCGGACGCACCUUCUUCCAUGGCAACCAGAGUUUGAGCGUCAUAUUAAAAGGAGACGAAAACGAAAAGAAAAAGGGAUUUUAUGA